AAUUACCCAAAUACCCCUAAACCAUCAACAUGUCUCCCAUCAGCUCUGAUAAGGCCUCUGAAUCUUUCCGCCCCAUGCGAGAGCAAGCUUCUUCGGUUGCGCCCACCACUUCAUCCCCACACCCCGACAAAAUCUCACAGUGUUUCGUCCACUCUCUGUUCAAAAAGAGAUGCCUAGCUGCCUUACUUUCAAAUGAAUCUCAGUCAGAAAAAACUCCUGAAAACCAGACUCCGUAUUAUGAAGAUGAAGACGAAGAGGAUGAAAGUUUGACCAAGCAGCUGGCAGAGACUGCCCAAAGCGUAAGAGAGAUGAAUAAGGAACUUGGCAGAAGGAUUGUGCGCUCUCGAAUACAGCAUGUUUUGAUCGUCACUAAAGUGAACGACAAUCAACUUGUCUCUCUUACAAGGGAGCUUACUCUCCAUCUCAUGCAAAAGAGCCCUUCGAUACCCAGAGGAACCAACAAUCGUUAUGGUACAGCAUCACUUGGGAGAGGCAUGGUGGUCUAUGUAGACUCUGAGUUUGAGGCUUCGAAGGCGUUCGAUGUCCCCGGCUUGCAGCGAGACCAUCCAGAACUCUUUGAGCCAAUGAUUAGCAAUCGCUCCUCGUCCUCUCUCUCGUCCAUGAACACUCCAAACGAGUCUUCGACAGACGAGGGGCCAGUCACCUCUGGGUCGUCGACCCCAGUUGGUGAGGGGCAACUGAGGUACUGGACAUACAAGCUUUGUUCCAACUCUCCUCACUUAUUUGACCUUGUCAUAACACUCGGAGGUGAUGGAACAGUGUUAUAUACCUCUUGGCUUUUUCAACGAAUUGUUCCUCCUGUCCUUCCCUUUGCCCUUGGCUCCCUCGGCUUCUUGACCAAAUUUGAUUUCAAGGACUACAAAGAGAUAAUCGACAAGGUUAUUCGUGAUGGAAUACGAGUCAGCCUUCGCAUGCGCUUUUGCUGUACAGUAUAUCGCACGAGCACUCCUGGCGAUAUCGAUGGCCCCAAGGCCAAAAAGCGUCGAAUCAUCAAGGACGGCAGUGCCACUGCCCUUAAGAAAAGGGUUCAUAAGAGUGGCUGGGAGAGUUUGGAAGAUGAAGAAAUGGACUCGCAUUUGUCGGAUGCUGGGAGUGAAGAAGAUGUAAUCAUGCGUCAUUCAACGAAGCCCGAAGAACAGUUUGAAGUCCUCAAUGAGCUAGUAGUGGAUAGAGGUCCUAAUUCAUCCAUGAGCUCCUUGGAGCUAUUUGGUGACGACUAUCACUUGACAACUGUACAAGCAGACGGGCUCACGGUUUCAACACCCACUGGUUCUACGGCCUACUCCUUAUCAGCCGGUGGAUCACUCACUUCCCCUCAAACAUCUAACAUCCUCAUAACUCCAAUCUGCCCUCACACGCUUUCCUUCAGACCUGUCGUCUUGGAGGAUAGUAUCGAUAUUCGGGUUUGUGUGCCCUUCGACUCGAGGACCACGGCUUGGACCAGCUUUGACGGAAGGAGUCGCCUGGAGUUGAAGCAGGGAGAUCAUAUUAAAGUUACAGCUUCGAAAUACCCGUUCCCAAUUAUAUUAUAUGCCGACAAAUCCUUCCCAGACUGGGCUUCUUCGCUCUCACGGAAGUUGCGAUGGAACGAAAGGGAGAGACAGAAGCCAUAUGUGCUUGUGGAAGAAGCCCGUCAGCAGAAAUAAGAUUGGCAAUUCAUGAUCCUGUUAUAUUGCAAUAUAUGUAUGAUAUGUACGAUAUGUAUGAUGUGCGCGA